CUUACUCCUUGAGGCACGGCAAGCUCUAGGCGCGCCACCCGUGGUCCCUUGCUGCGCGUCGUCUUCUCCACCCUUCGCCCGCUCCUCCGAGCCCGCGGCCCGGCUCUGUUAAACCCUGGACCUCUCCUCCGCUCCCGCCUGCCGCCGAGGUCGUUCCGCGCCCUAUUGCCCUUGGUGGAGGCGCACCUUACGCGGCGCGCGGGGGCGGGCAGGGCGCUGCUGCAGGUGGCGGUGCUGGUGAGCGACGGGGUGGACGACAGCGUCGCGCUCCGCCUCAUCCACGCCGUCGGCCGCCGCCGCACCGCUUUCGAUCUCAAGAUCUGGUCCCACGGGGGCAUUUGCGUUGUUAAAGCUUUGGGUAAGGCCUACCCGUCUGCAGCACCGGCCCAGCCGCUCCUCCCUCUCGUCUCCCCUCGCCGAGAUGUCUCGUGGCCUCACCGGCGGCGCCUCCUCCAUCCGCUGCUUGCCAUCCCCGUCCUCCUCCGCCGUCGCCGUUCGACCCACCCUAGCCGCUCCCCCUUGCCCAAGCCGGCGGGUGCUCGCCUCGGCCUCUCCUCCGCCUGCCCCGGCCCCGCUGGCCAUCGAAGGCCGUGGCGUCGGGCUCUCGGUGACAACGCGGCGGGGGCGGGUGCUGCCGGUGCUCAAGGGUUGCUCCCUCCGCGUCCCGCCCGGGAAGCUCUGGAUGCUCCUCGGCUCCAACGGCUGCGGCAAGUCCACAUUGCUCAAGGUUUUAGCAGGUUUUCUUAAUCCAUCUGCGGGAACAGUGUAUAUAAAUAGGCCAUGCAGCUAUGUCUUCCAAAAUCCUGAUCACCAGGUUGUGAUGCCUACAGUGGAAUCUGAUGUUGCAUUUGGUCUUGGUAAGCUCAACCUUUCCUUAGAUGAGGUCAGGUCAAGGGUAUCGAAAUCUUUGGAUGCCGUUGGAAUGUUGAGCUACUCUCAAAGGCCAAUCCAAACUCUGAGUGGUGGGCAGAAACAGAGAGUUGCAAUUGCCGGUGCUUUGGCUGAAGCAUCUAAAGUACUACUACUGGACGAACUGACCACAUUCCUAGAUGAACAUGACCAGAUGGGCGUGUUAAAGGCGGUAAGAAACUCUGUAGCUGCUGAUGGGGAGGUUGCCGCAUUAUGGGUGACUCAUCGGCUAGAAGAACUGGAAUAUGCAGAUGGUGCUAUUUAUAUGGAAGAUGGCAAGAUAAUCAGUCAAGGCAGCGUCUCUACCAUAUCAAGAUUUAUAAUGAAAAAACAAGCUCGGUACUUUGGUCAUUUUGAGUUAUGAUCCUCAAAGCUAUUGGCAAUUUUUUUUCUUGUGUAGAUCAAUGAAUUGGAAAGAAGUUUAUUUUCCAGCACAAUUCGAUAAAAACCUAAAGCAUUCACCUC